CAGCUUCAACAUUGAAACAUCAUCGCCUCGACGACCAAACACGCUUUUACAAUAAUACUGUCAAACAAAACGUCUUCAAUUAGCCAUUUUUCGGACUAUAUAUAUACACGUUGUAAUGGCAGGGAAUCUCAUCGGUGGUGCAGCUUUGGGACAAGCAUUCAGAAUGUUAUCCGAAUCAAUGAUAAAAGUUAGCAAAACUAAAAUCUCUUACGAUUCCAACUUUCAACGAUUAAAUUCGACUUUACUGUCAAUCAAGCCUGUGCUUGAGGAUAUAGAGAGACUGAACAAAGCAUUGGAAGGAAGAGAAUCAGAGGUUGAGAUAUUCAAGAAGCGGUUACAAGAAGGUGAGAAAAUUGUACGUGAAAGCGCGAAAAUCAAACGUUACAAUGUGUGUAAAAGGUGGUACUAUUCUAAGAAAUUGGCGGAUCUUGAAAAAUCUUCAAUGAAGUUCUUUGAAGUUCAUGGCUUAAUGCAAACAUUAAGAGACCGGAAACAGAUACUUGUUCUCCUCAAAGAAGAAGGAGAGAAAUUGGAUGAGAUUUACAAGAUUUUGAAGAAUAUGAAGCUUGAUAAAAGCCGAGUGAUCUCUACCAGAUAAAGUGAAUUCUGAAGAGAGAAAUAAAAUAACGCCAGAAGAUGUUCCAAAGUACACAGUCUUAUCUUGCAAGCAUUAUACCCAAAAUAAAAAAAAAAAAAAAAAAGUUUUAAGUAUUGAUGGUGUGGAAUUUAAACCAAUCAAGUCACUUAAAAAGUGAUUACAUGUAACAAUGUUUAUACAGUCAAACCUCUCUAUAAUGACAGACUCUUAUAGGAAGGCGUUGUUAUGUAUGUAUACUGACAUUUGAUGUUUAGAUUUCAUUUUAGUGUUAUAAAUAAAAGUAUGCAAACAAUUAUUUUUA